CCGUUUCUCUCUCUCUCUCUUUCUCUUUUCAUCAACUUGUUCCAGUUUCUUGUGAAAUAUCAGAUUCUAGGGUUUUAAUUUUUUUUCGUAGUCUCUUAACUAUUCCCGUUUAUUUAUUUCAUUUUUUUUCAGACAAACAGUAAAUAGUAAGCUUAAUUAAAAAGUUUUGCCAUUGAAGUGGACAGAUUUUUUUUUUUCUUUCCUCAAAAGGUGUAUGGUCACCUUUAACGAAGAAUGAAGGAGAGUGGUAGAAAACAAGGUGCACUAUCGCCUUGCGCAGCUUGCAAGCUUCUCCGUCGUAGAUGUACUCAGGAUUGUGUCUUUGCUCCAUACUUUCCAGCCGAUGAGCCUCACAAGUUUGCCAGUGUUCACAAGGUUUUUGGAGCAAGUAACGUUAAUAAAAUGCUACAGGAACUACCAGAGCACCAACGAAGUGAUGCGGUGAGUUCGAUGGUGUAUGAAGCAAAUGCAAGGGUACGUGACCCAGUAUAUGGGUGUGUUGGGGCAAUAUCAUCCUUGCAGCAACAGAUUAAUUCUCUGCAAACCCAGUUGGCCAUUGCACAAGCUGAGGUAGUUCACAUGAGAAUGAGACAAUAUGGUUCGUCUUCCAAUAAUAUCACAGGCACUCUGGACAUGGUAAUUGAUCAGGCCAACUCUGGGGAGUCUUUGUGGUCAUGCUAGCUAUUGCUUUGCUUUGCUUUGCUUUGCAGUUUGCAUGCUUGCCUUCCCUUUUUGCCUACAUAAUUAUUUAUCAACCAUAAUGGGCUUGCUUUUAUUGUCUCCCUCUUUCAUGCCCUUCUGCUUAUUUUCCCUUAAUAUUAACAGCACAUCUCUCUAGCUACUUGACCAAGAGGUGAUGAUGAUGGUGAUCAUUAACCAUUUUGUAUAUAUAUUUCUCAACAUAUAAUUAUGAGUUAUUAUAUCUUUAUUAC